AUGCUAAGAACUUUUUUCCGCUCUUCCACCCCUUUAACUUUAAGAAGAAUCUCCGCCUCCCCAGUUGCAGCCAGAUCUGCUAGUACAUUUAUUGGACGUCAAUCAUUCACACCUAUGCGUUUCUACUCCGCAGGGGCAGCUAAACUAGAUAAGGAUGAAGUGACUCGCAGAGUGAUUGAUGUCAUCAAGGCUUUCGGUAAGAGUAAUGCUGCUGCUACAAUCACUCCUACCACCCUCUUUAACAAGGAUUUGGGUUUGGAUUCUCUAGAUACUGUGGAAUUAUUAGUUGCCGUUGAGGAAGAAUUUGAUAUCGAAAUUCCUGAUAAAAUAGCUGAUGAAUUGAAAUCAGUUGCUGAAACUGUGGAUUAUAUCACAUCCAAUGCCGAUGCUAACUAA